UCACGUGUCUCUCAAUAAACCCUAAUUACUCAGAGUUGAGAUUCCUGAGACCGUAAAACCCUAAAAUUCCCAAAUUUCUUUCACCGGAACACAGAAAGAGAGAGAUGGGGAGCGACGGCGAAGGUGAGAAAUCGGCGCAGAAAGAGAUUGAAAGGAAGAAGAUUCUUGCGUUAGCUCCCAUUGCAAAACCUCUUGCUGGGAAGAAGCUUUCCAAGAAAACACUCAAGCUUGUAAAAAGAGCUGCUGAAAACAAGUGCAUAAAGAGAGGGGUUAAGGAAGUGGUCAAAAGUAUAAGGCGAGGUCAAAAAGGAGUGUGUGUUAUAGCUGGGAACAUAUCACCAAUUGAUGUCAUCACUCAUGUUCCUAUUCUAUGCGAAGAAGCUGAUAUUCCAUAUGUAUAUGUCCCAUCUAAAGAAGACCUUGCAACUGCAGGAGCAACAAAGAGGCCUACAUGUUGUGUUUUAGUGAUGACCAAACCUUCAAAGGGAGAACUAGCUCAAGAGGCACAAGAAAAACUAAAGUCAGAGUACGAUGAAGUUGCAUCUGAUAUUACUGAGCUUACAACUUCACUUUUUUGAAGCAAACACAAUGUAUCUGUACUGUUGUUAGCUACAAUGGAUUAACAUAUUGGCAAUGUACCUUGCAAUCAUUUUGAUCUAUGGAUAAUGUGAUCUUUCUAUUUCCUUAUUAUAAAGGUUGUUGCUUGCUUA